AUGGUUACAUUUAUGAAGGAAGUUGCGGAAAUGAGCGGCGAGUUGACUGUAGACGAGAGAAAUUUACUCUCUGUGGCCUAUAAGAAUGUGGUUGGAACUCGACGUGCUUCCUGGCGUAUAAUAUCUUCAAUUGAGCAAAAAGAGGAAACCAAGGGAACCGAAAAGCACAUUUCGACUAUCCGAGAUUAUCGUCAAAAGAUUGAAACAGAACUAGAAAAAGUGUGCAAAGAUGUUCUAAAUGUGCUAGAGACUUGUUUGAUACCGAAAGCUGAGACUGGGGAGUCGAAGGUGUUUUAUCAUAAAAUGAAAGGUGACUAUCAUCGAUACUUGGCUGAGUUUUCAUCUGGGGCAACUCGCAAAGGCGCCGCUACCGACGCUCAUGAGGCGUAUAAGAAUGCCACUGAUGUUGCUCAAACCGAGCUAAUGCCAACACACCCCAUACGCCUGGGACUCGCACUUAACUUCUCUGUAUUCUAUUAUGAGAUUCUUAACUCUCCAGAUCGUGCCUGUCACUUAGCAAAGCAAGCUUUUGACGAUGCCAUCGCGGAACUUGAUUCUUUAUCCGAAGAAUCCUACAGAGAUAGCACCUUAAUCAUGCAACUACUCCGAGAUAACCUAACUCUCUGGACUUCGUCGGACAGCGGAGAGGCUGAAAAUGGAGAAACUGCUGAUAUAAAAGAUGAAAAUACUGCCGAACCAGAGAAAGAAGACUUGCUCACAGAUUCAAAGGACGACGAAUAG